AUGGAUCGGACGAGGGUUGACGGGAUCAAUUUGCGUGUGACCUUCUCGCGGGGUGAACGGCUCGACCGCCUUCGCUUGGGUUCGAUCGCCGGUGAAACAGUGCACGUCGCUGUUGGUUCGAGGCGAGGUGCUGCGGAGGAGCAGCAGGGUCGUCGGAGGUGCUGCGCGUGGUGGAGGAGGGAUUUCGACGAUCGUGAUGGCGAUCAGGGUUGCAGGCUCACGCGGUGGACAACUCGCCGGCAGGAGAGGGCUCGCGGCGUUGCUGUGCGGGAAAGAAAGUUCAAUCAAAUUUUGCGUGUGAAGAAAAGAAGACAAACUCAGAAAAGGCAGCCCACACAGAAGGAAAAAAAAGGGAAACAAAAGAAGAAAAACGAAGAAAGGCAGCUGAGACAAUAUUUUAAUCAGGUGGUCGGUUUUGAUUUCCGAGUCGACUCAGCCAUGGGCGGCGGCCAAGAAUCGUUCAUUUACAGCUUCGUGGCGCGUGGCACGAUGGUACUUGCCGAGUACACCGAGUUCACCGGCAACUUCCCGGCGAUUGCAACCCAGUGUCUGCAGAGGCUACCAUCUUCGAACAACAAGUUCACCUACAAGUGUGAUCACCACAUUUUCAACUUUCUAGUUGAAGAUGGCUAUGCUUACUGUGUAGUUGCUAAAGAAUCUGUUGGGAAACAAAUCUCGAUUGCAUUUUUGGAACGUAUCAAAGCCGAUUUCAAGAAAAGAUAUGGUGGUGGUAAAGCAGAUACAGCUGUUGUAAAAAGUCUGAACAAAGAAUUCGGGCCUCUGAUGAAAGAGCACAUGCAAUAUAUUAUCGACCAUGCGGAUGAGAUCGAGAAGCUAUUGAAAGUUAAGGCCCAAGUUUCGGAAGUCAAAAGUAUUAUGCUGGAGAAUAUAGACAAGACUCUCGAAAGAGGUGAAAACCUAACCGUUCUUAACGACAAGGCUGAAGAUCUGCGUUAUUCGGCCCAAGAAUUUAAGAAACAAGGCACUCAAAUCAGAAGAAAAAUGUGGUAUCAAAACAUGAAAAUAAAGUUGGUUGUGCUUGGGAUUAUCCUACUCUUGGUGCUCAUAAUCUGGCUUUCUGUUUGCCGUGGUUUUGAUUGCACCAACUAGAUUUUUGUAAUUUGUAUUUUAUUUUUAUUAUUAUUUUCUUCUGCUAGUGAGAUGCUUUAAAUCUAGUGUUUACACAAAUUUUCGGUCUCUGUAUAUUUAUUCCUAUUGUGUUUGAGAAUUUUGUUCCUUAAAAAUUAAAGGAAAAGCAUGCCCAUAUCUUAUACUUUUGUUCCACUAGAUAUAAAAUUAUUUUUUAUUGGGUGAAGGCCCAAUGAGCAGCUUGCUGUUCAGGCCUUCGCGCGUUGCUCAACUGCUACGGCCUGGCUCGGCCCACCAAAG